CGAGCUGUGUGAUAUGACGUCAUCUAUGCGCGCCGUCCUUAUCGCGUUUGAGUGAUGUCUGGGUAUAUGUAAAUUUGUAUUUCGUUCUUUACUUACAGCACUAUUGUGUGUUCUGGGUUAAUAUACUCCGAAGUAAUGGCCACGACUAUAUCCCGCUGUAUUGGUAGAAUUUUAUCCCGCCAGACUGCUCCGACGGGGAUUGUUUCGGCAGACAAUGGUGGCGUUCUCAGUUCUUGCAUUACUGCAGUGAAGACAUUAAAGACGUCUGCUCCCCUUAGUGCGGAGCCCAAGAAGAAAAAGAAAGUGGACCCAAGAAGAGAGCAGAUGGUGAGGGAGAGGAUGAAGAAGAAACUGAAGAAGUUGGAGAGAGUUCCGCCCGAGUUCAUCCCUAUAGAGGACUUCAUCACGCCAACCAAAUGUUUGGAUGAGACGAGGGUCCGAGCCGCUCCCAGGCUGUCAUUUGAUGAAAGCGAAAGCCGAGCUCUGCUUCUGAAGGAGUGGUGUCGAUACAAAAAUGAGCAGCACUUGGCCGAGAUGCAGGCUAUCGAGCUUGCCCUGGAAGCCCAGAAGGAGGCACUGGAAGAGCUCAAGGCAGAAUCUGAGGAGCUUUACCAGGCAGCACUGAAACCGGACCCUCUCCUGUUCCCCUUCUCCCAUGAAGGCCCCUCUUACACGCCGCCAAAGAUCAAAUACGAAGCACCCGACGGGAAGUACAACGAUGUCACUAAAGUCUACACGCAGUGAUGAGCAGUUUCCUGUGUAAUUUCAUGUUCUCAUGGCAAAAAAAAACCAUUGUCGUGAACAUUCAACAGAAUAGUUCAACUACUGGAUCACAUUUUUAUGCAAAAAAAAAAAAAAAGGACGUUUUGAAACAAAACCUGAAAAUAUUGUUUUAAAACAUUAAAGUGGCUUCAGCAGUUUAGUGUUGAUCUGUGUACUAUCAUGCCUUCAAUGAGGUUGUCAAUACCAUCCUUUUUUUAGAAGGCUUUCAUGCAUAAUGAAAAUUGGACUAUGCUCUGGAGCAAAGUGACAGACAUUCAAGUUUCUCAAACUGCAGUGAGAAAAUGGUUUUGUGUGUAAGAGAGGACAAGGUGUUUUCUACUGGAUUAAAAUACAUGUGCCAUCCACAUUCAAAUUGCAAUCACAAAAAAGCAAAUGUCAUUUAAUGAUGUUGGCCAAAUAUAUCACCUCAUUGGUUGUUUAAUUUUGUCCAAAAGACAGAAAAACAACACAGCAUAGGGAAAAAAAAAUGCCCGUGAGGAAUAAGGUUAGACUUUUUGUAGACAGUACAUAAUUUAUUUACAGUGUCACAUAAGUGUUCAAGAUUCCUGAGGUUUUUCAUGGUUGAGAGGCAGGUGCCAGUCACUGGGUGGGUCUCGUCUCAGCUCCCAGACUGGGGGAAACUUCCUCUGCUCUGCUAUUCGGUCCCUUUCACUUUUCUGCAAUGCUUCCUGCAGCACAGACAAACCCAUCUUGUGUCAAGAAUUGUAACCCAAAAACUCAAACAUUUUUUUCAUUUUCAUUUCAUUCGUUUAUUUCAGGCCAUUAUUCCUUCUCAAGACAACAAAUGUAUACAGCUCAUAUAAUCAAGUAACAAAAAGAGCAGCAAAGCUAAGUAACAUUGUAACAUCAACUACAUGCCUGAAAAGGAGUGGGAAGAAGAAAAUUUAUUUAAUCCCACCCCUAAACAUUGUAUAAUAGCUUUUAAAUAGAAUGCUUAAAAGGGAAAAAAAAAA